CGAAAUUAAGUAAUUUGUGCUAGAGUUUACACCAGAGGUGGUAAGUAAAUAAUAGAUAAUAGAUAAUCGAAUGGUAACGGAGGUGGGGAUGAAUCCCCUCUCGUCGGCUGCUUCACAGUCAUUCAUGUCUCAGACUUCGCGAAGAAAUGAUCAACGUCGAAACUAACUAUUUUAGUAUAAAUAAACUUCUUCUGCGCACUCUUGGCUUGUGGCCCUAUCAACAGUCAAAUCUCACUCGAUUUCAAUUUAUUUUCCUGUCAACUAUUUUGACGACACACGUUAUAUUUCAAUUUACAGUAUUUUUCUCACAAAGAUGUACUCCGGAUCUCAUUACCAAAGUUUUAUCCUCCGGAAUUUUGUUUGCGCUUUUUGUGAUAAAAUAUGACAUGUUCUUUGUUAAUAUCAAAGCUGUGAAGGAUUUAUUGGAGCAAUUAUUGGAUAUAUAUAAUGAAUUAAAAGACGGAAACGAAAUUGCUAUUAUAAACGAAUAUGGAUGUUAUGCUAUACGUUCUACUAUAUCACUUUUAGUUUUUGGCAUUAGCAGCUUAAUUCUUUGCAUUUUUGCAUCAUUUUGGUCGGACAUUUUAGAUAUUAUUUUGCCGACAAAUGAGUCAAGAUCACAUAAUUUUCUAGUCAUGACGGAAUAUUUUAUCGAUCAAAAGAAAUAUUUUUAUUUUAUAAUAUUGCAUUUCAUUCUAUCGUUUUCUAUUGCAACAAUUGUAACGGUAUCAGUAGGAACGAUGCUCCUUACAUAUCUGCAACAUACUUGUGGACUGUUUAAAAUAGCCAGCUACCGUAUUGAACGCGCAAUGAACAUUAGUUUACUGCAAAAUAUUAAUGAGAUGAAAUGCAUUUUUAUACACGAGGGUUUAAUUUGCGCUGUGGACAUGCAUCGACAAGCUAUGAAGUUCGUAUUUGCUAUAAAAAUAUGCGUACGCUGUAUACAUAUAGUAACAUAUUUUUAUUUUUAAAGUUUAUCAACAUGUUUGAUAUCUAGUUUUGAGUCUAUGCUGUUUUGUUUAUUAGUAUGUGGAGUUUUAACGAUGAGCAUCAAUUUGUUUCAAGUAAGUUUUCUGUUUUGUUCAAUCUAUACUCUUGAGAAAACACUCGAUAACUUCCAUAAGAUAUACAGUAAAUAAAAAGGCAUCGCAUAUAAAAACGAUUUUGCUUUA